CACCCCUCUUCUAUUCCCAAACACACCUGUCAGUUGGCUGUCACCUUCCUCCCCGCGACGAUAAGCCUGCCCGUGAGCGAACAGCGCCAGCUGUCCGAUCCGGAAGAUGCAAGCCACGGCGAGGAAGCUUCUAGAGGCGGCGGCCGGCGCGCCGGGGUCGGGCGUCCCGGACGACCACGACAUCGUCCUCGUCCUCGCCUCUCUCCUCUGCGCGCUCAUCUGCGUCCUCGGCAUCGGCCUCGUCGCGCGGUGCGCGUGCGGGUGCGGCAGCGGGGAGCGCGCGGAAGCCGCCGCCGCCAACAGGGGUGUCAAGAAGGCGGUGCUCCGCACGAUCCCCACCAUGCCGUACGUCGCCCCCGCCGCGGGCGGUGGCGGCGGCGGCGGAGGCAGAGGCGGGAAGGCGGAGGCCGCGGCGGCGGAGGAGUGCGCCAUCUGCCUCGCGGAGUUCGAGGAAGGCGAGUUCGUGCGCGUGCUGCCCCAGUGCAGCCACGGGUUCCACACCGCCUGCAUCGACAAGUGGCUGCGCGGGCACUCGUCCUGCCCCUCGUGCCGCCGGAUCCUGGUCCUCGAGCUGCCGCCCGGCGAGCAGUGCCGCCGCUGCGGCUCGCGACCGGACGCCGGCGCUGGCUGGAAGCCGACCCACUACGGCGACAUGCCGCUGUUCCUGCCGUAGGCAGCAGCGACCUUUCCUCGUUUACUGUUAGAUUUUAGUGCCUAGUUGGUAAUGCGUAGCACCUGAGAAUUGAGAGUUUGGGAUCCUGGUUUGCAAUUGAGUAAUAAGGUGUUGCAGCAGCAAGCCAGCAACGUACGAGCUCUGUACAAUUUGUAAAAAAAUAGUAAGAAUAAUAUAUGCAAUAAGCUGUGAUUAAUUAGAAGGAUCACCGUAUCUUGCUUUCUAAA